AUGGAGGUGUGCCUUGAUUUUACAGAUCCAGUGCUGUACUGCAAAGAAGCGCUCUCGUCCGGCUCCCCAUCGUCCGCGCGUCCCGGUUACGACGCGGACGGCUUGCAUCACGAGAGAUUGGUAGCCCCGGAACAAGACACAGCACGUGGUCACGGAGUACGCAGGACGGGACGUGCCAGGUACGGGACACAGUACGGCUCCGUCGACAAGCAGGAGGAGAAGCGAGCAACGGUGCCUGACAACGAAGCAGCGGGCUUCGAAAGAACAGUGGCCAGUCACGACCCUCUGACCAGCACCAAGCAGCGGCAGCAGGCAGGCGUCAACGACGGCGCCAAAACGGACAAAGACGUGGACUUCACUACGACUAAGAUCGGGCGGUUCCUAGACGGAGCGGGGCCAAGACAGGAAGUACGGGUCAUCAUUGAUUCCGACCAGAUGGCACCUACUCGCACGGCCGUCUCCAAGCGGAACGCUCUGGCGUCGCGCGACCAGCAGCCACGGGCUACCGAGGUGAAAGCGCGCGACCAGGGCUCGGUGUGUCCACUCAACGAGGAACUGGAAUACCCGGAAGGAUAUCCCAGCUGUGGAUAUCCCACCAAGGGCGUCACGACCAGGAGCCGCGGCCGCUUGGAAAGCGUGCUCGAUGGCCGGUCCUCGGUAUUGACCCAGGCGAUGACACGGGUCACUAAAAGAACCUUGGAGGUCACGAUCGCUGCCCUAGCCCUGGUAAUUGUCGCCCUGGUUGCUGUAGGCAUUCUUUUGACCAGGCACGAACGACAACUCGGCGGACAGAAGCUUUGUCACACGGGGGACUGCCUCACGCACGGUAAUUUGCUAUUGCAUGCCAUUAACACGAGCAUUGACCCGUGCCAAGAUCUCUACGGCCACGUGUGCUCCCGUUGGUUACCAGACAGCAGGUAUCGCGACUACGUGAAGUCCACGUUGGACGAAAUGAGGUUUGCCUGGUACGAGGGAUUCAACAUAACCCUCACUAUUGGGACGCUCGCGCUGCCUGUGGGGAGGAAAGUCCGCGCCAUGUAUGACACUUGCAUGGCCGGUGGACCAAUAUUCGGCGAGUCGGUGGACACAUUUAUCAAUUUGCUCCACCGUUACGGGUUACGCUGGCCGGGGAGACCCGAGUCAAACGUGACAGCUCUCAGCGUGCUCAUCGCUCUCGACAUUGACUUUCAAGCGGCGUUCUGGUUUGUGGUCAGAACACGAAAUCUAGGAUCGACACGGGCAGUUACAAUUUCGCCCAGUCCCUUUAUCACGAUAUUCCUGAAGAACCACGUGAGCGUAAUGUCAAGCGGGAAUUACGCCAAGUAUUGGAGGGAUUUCGAGUCUGUCGUCCUUAACAGCUCAGGGCCUGCCGCCAGCAAUGAAGACAUUGCGAAAGUAGCUGACAUGGAGGCCAACAUACUGACGUUGCUGGCCAGUGCCUACAACACACACCCAAAGUCUUCUGCGGUGUUUUUCCUUGGACAAAUCGAACGACACACGAAGCCAUUGUCAUCUGAGGACUGGAUUAAAGAACUGAAUGCCAAGAUGGAGCUCGACUCAGCACUGAAUAGCAGUGAUAUAGUGAUUACAGAUAAUGUCCGUUACCUGCAAGCGAUUGGUAGCAUCUUCGCGAACUACAGCAACGAAGACCUCCUGCGUCAUUUGUCUUGGCAUGUUAUUCAGCAGUAUGCGACUGUUGCCAGCUAUAGGCUGCUACAUGCUCAGAUCGGAGGUGGCGAAAGGUUCACGUUCUACCACCCGGUCUUCUGUGCCACUAAUGUCGAGAUGUCCUACAAGGCACUUGUCCUGUCCUUGUACGUCGUGUCACGGUUACAGCCCAAUGACGUUGACUCUAUCACAAACGUUUUUGACAGCCUCAAGGAUAAUUUUUUCGAAAAAGUCAAUGCCUCCAGCUGGCUCGAUGUCGGAAGCAAACGAAUGUUCGGUCAGAAGGUGUCAGGGCUGGCGAACCGUUUGUGGCCGCCGCCUGAAUUUAUGCGCAACGACGCACUCGAGGCCGUUUACUUUGAUUUCCCUGAUAACGAGAAGUCUUAUGGAGACUACUGGGUGAAAUCGCGGCUGUUGGUGCCGAAGCUGAACGACAGAGUGCCUGGCUACGAGUACGUACUCGAAAUUCCCGGAAACAACUCGCCCAAGUACCUGCUCUUUAAUUAUAUGAUGAACAGCGUAGACGUAGCAAUCGGAGCAGUUUCGAGACCGCUGUUCUACCCACACGGCACGCGGGCGAUGUUGUAUGGUGGGCUCGGGUUUUCCAUAGCCUUGCAGAUGGUGAAGACGAUGGACAGCGAAGGCCUCAAGUGGCAUCCUCAUCAUGGCCUGGCGUAUUCCAUCAAGUCGUGGUCUACGAUGCGCGCCUACCAAGCAAAAGAUGGCUGCCUCAAGGAAGAGGGACUGCCGAGCGUGUUUCCCGAGAUUCCGGCUAUGGAGAUCGCCUACGCUGCUUACGCGAAAUCCAACGAGACGCGUCCGCCGAUUGAUCACGCACUGCCCGAAGACAAGGUUUUUUUCCUGACCCUUUGCUACAUGACCUGCUCACAGCGUGGAGAGAGAAAUCCUUCCGCAGCCGACUGCAACAAAGCUGUGCGUGGCUCUGCCGCCUUCGCCGAAGCGUUCUCUUGCUCCAAGGGGUCCGCCAUGUACCCGGAGAAAACGUGCAGUUUCUUCUGA